AUGCACGGCUACAGCUCGUCUGAGGAGUCCGAGGACCCGCGGCGCCCUCGAGUCCAGCCAACCACCGACAACGACCAGAACCAGAAGAAGAAGCGCAAGAAGAGAGUUCCCCCUCAGAAGUCCAUCAACGCCAUCUGGAAGAAGUUCUCCAGUCGCAAUUUCCACAAAGCCCUCUGUAUUCUUCCCUUUGACCCCGUCGCGCCCGCCGCCUCGGAUCGGCCCAAUGAGCUCUUGAGUGACGGCUAUGAGCGCGCCGCCGACGAGUGCCGGCGCAAGGUUCUCAAAAUUGUUCAAGAGUGCAAGAGGGUCAACAUGAGAUAUAGAGACCCAGGCUGGGAUCUGGAUUGGGAUCUCAAAUACCAAAAGGGAAACUGCCUCAAUAACCUAGGCGACCAAAAGUUCGAGCUUACCCAGUCCAACCUGCUGGGCUCGAGCGCGUCCGUGCCAAAAGCUGUGAAGCGGGUUCACGAAAUCUUUGACAAGCCCGUCUUCAUGAAAGAGGUCAAUGGCGGCGAUGUCAAGCAGGGCAGCCUGGGCGACUGCUGGCUGAUGGCUGGACUGACCGCCAUGGCAAACGUCCAAGACGGCGUGCGGCGAUUGUGUGUUGCGUAUGAUGAAAGAAUCGGCAUAUAUGGCUUUGUCUUCUUCCGAGAUGGGGAUUGGGUGUACAGCAUUGUCGACGACAAGCUAUAUCUCAAGUCCCCCUGCUGGGACUGCCCAAGCAUGCAGCGCGACCUGCUGCAGCAGAUUGACCGCGAAGAUGUCGAAAAGGUUUACCGGAGAACUUACCAAACGGGGUCAAAGGCUCUCUUCUUUGCCCAGUGCAAAAACCAGGACGAAACAUGGGUUCCACUGAUCGAAAAGGCGUACGCCAAGGCCCACGGUGACUACGCCUCUCUCAAUGGGGGCUACGUCGGUGAAGCGAUAGAGGACCUAUCGGGCGGAGUUACGACAGAGUUGCUCUCGUCGGACAUUCUGGACACCGACGAGUUCUGGGAAAAGGAAAUGUCCAAGGUCAACCAAGAAUUCCUAUUCGGAUUUUCCGCUGGUUUGCUUGAGUAUGGCCAUGGCCAGCGUGAUGGAAUCGCAGAGGGCCAUGCCUAUAUCGUGUUGGAGGCGCGCACCCUCAAGUCGGGAGAACGGCUUGUCAAGCUGCGCAACCCGUGGGGUAAGAUCCGCAAAGGGAUUUGGGAAGGUCCGUGGAGUGAUGGGUCGAAAGAAUGGUCCAGUAACGUGCAAGAAGAACUUAACCACAAGUUCGGCAACGAUAGCGUCUUCUGGAUUUCCUACGCUGACCUUCUACAAAAGUUUACCCACCUCGACAGGACUCGGCUCUUCAGGGACGAGGACUGGAGAUGUUGUCAGCGAUGGAUCGGGGUCGACGUGCCGUGGAAGGCCGAGUACCAUGAGAAAUUCCAUAUUCGGCUCACCAAGGACUCGCCGCUCGUGCUGGCCCUUUCGCAGCUGGACGGGCGAUAUUUCAAGGGCCUCGCAGGCCAAUACACAUUUCGAAUUCACUUCCGGUUGCAUAAUCAGGACAUGCCGGGUGCCGAGGACUACAUUGUCCGAUCCCAUGGCAACUACUUUAUGAAGCGCUCGGUCGCCGUGGAGCUUCCCGACCUGCCGGCGGGCAACUACGUCGUCUAUCUCAAAGUCACUGGGCAGCGCGACAAGACUGUGCCGUCGGUCGAGGAAGUGGUAAAGCGAGAGUGCAAAGAGCGUGUGGACAAUGAAAAGCUCACCGCCGUCGGCUUCGCGUAUGAUUUGGCACACAGCAAGGCCUGGGCCCACGUGGACAAGGAGGAGCGGCGUCGCCUGUGGGAGAGACGUCACUUGACUCGAGAAGUCACGAAGAAGCAGGCAAGCAAGAAUGAUGAGAAGAGGGAGCGUAACAAGAAGCGGAGGGCGAGAGGUCGACAGGCCAAUGAAUCCCGUCACUCUGAUGAAGAUGGACGCCCAGAGGAGAGGCAAACCGAACCUCCGCCCGACAGCACGCAGACGGCAUCCCAAGGCACGGAUACGGCUGCGGAAGCGGUCGAUGCCACGACAACGGCCAAGUCCAAUGACGGUACAAACGCAUCCGACUCGAGCGGGUCACCCCAGGACACUCCCAAAACCGAAGGCUCGGUUGUCGUCAUAUCGAGCGAGAAGAAACAGGACGUGCCCCCAAUCAGUGGCCCGCCGCCUGCACCCCGUCGUCCGACUUCCCCUGCGCCUGCGACCAAGGAUGAAGCCAGGAGCCCGAGGCAUUUGGGAGACGAGUCGGACGGCGCCUCGUCCGACUCCCCCGUCGAGGACUGGGAGGAGCUGUACAGCAGCGACGACUUCUCGCGCAAGCCUCGCCUCACGCCGCAGCCUCCCCGCCAACCUCGAGACGACUACGAUACCGAGGAAGAAAAAAUGGUCGAUCCGUGGAAUGCCGUCUGCAUCGUUGGCAUCCGUGUCUACUCAAAGGACGAGCAGUUGAAGCUGCUCACCGUCAUGGAGGGUGGGGAGCUGCUCGAAGACGGCAUGGGCGAAAAGGGGGGCGAGGAUCUCGACAAUGCGCAAGCCAACGCGGCAGGGUUUCGCGCCGACGAAGGCAAGGAUGAUGCCGGGCCGAUUCUGUAUCCUACGAAGAGGCUGUCCAUUGCCGCGUAG